AUGGCUUCCACACACGACGGCGACCCGAACAAGGUCUAUGCGAGACUGUUCUCCACCGGAGAACUCUCCGACGUGACGGUGCGUUGCGGGUCAGGAAUGACUCGCGCGCACAAGGUCAUACUGUACGGGAAGUCAGAGUACUUCCGGAAGAUCAUCGACAACGACUCUUCCGACCACGUCUCCAGCGCCUCGUACGAGAUCAACCUCGGGGCAUACAUGGGUAGCGAGCUCGUCUACAAGGCUCUGGAAUUCAUAUACGUCGGCGACUACAAGCCUGGCGCGUCCGAACUGCUUGCCCAGCUGAAGGGAUUCGUCGAGGACCCGGACAGCAGCAAGCCCAAAGAGCACGGAGACCCGAAACCCGUCAACCAUCCCUGGGUCAACAUUCACUCCGAGAAAGAGCUUCUCAUGCAUCUGGUUCUCUAUCAACUCGCGGAGAAGUUGCAGAUUCCUGGUUUCGAAGACACAAUCAUCAAGAAGUUCGAAUCUGCCUGCAAGAUGUUUUGGGAUUCGGACUCCUUCGUUGAGACCGUCGUGCAGCUCUUCAUGGAGUGACUGCACGAGGACAAGUUUCUGGAUGCUAUCUCACGAACCAUCGCCACUCAUCUCGACGAGCUGAUCCGGAAGCCUGAGAUUCGAAAAGUC